AUGCCGCUCACCAUUCUCUCCCGAUCGCAGCUUCGGCAGCUGCUUCUCUCGCUUACCCGGGAGGAGAUUACCGAACUCCAACGGAAUCUCUCUGAAGCGCUCCGAGAAUACUCAACAGGCUCUCAGGAGCAAGGUUGUUCAGCCACCUACCAGCCGCAGCGAACUGCCAUUACCCGCUCAAAUGGCUGCACCACACUCUUCAUGCCUGCUACCACAGGCAAGACACUGGGCAUCAAGAUGAUCUCCCUGCAGGACGGCGGCACCGCGGGGUGUGCGGUAGAGCGUGGGGGAUUCGACAUCCCUGAGGGCGAAUCCAUAUCUUCCCGAUCACACGGCGGCUCUAUUCGGGACUCGGUCGCAUCGCUCUCGUCGGAAAUGAGCGAUUUGUCUGUGGGGUCGUCCCAUGAAGAUGACAGCUCGAUCAGCCCCUCGGUCACUACGGCAAGCAGUGGCGGGGGCGAUAGCGUCGAUAGCUCUACGCUCCUGACUGGCUGUGUCAAUCAACAAUCCGUCACUUCGCCAAACAUAUCAUCAACCUUAGGGGCGUGGCCGGGGGCAGGCACUCGCGACACCUCGCCCAGGGGAAGUGUGACUCUAUUAGACGCGGAGUCACUUCCAUUUGGAUUGAUCAACGCCCACGAACUGACAGCCUUCCGCACGGCGCUAGCAUCUCUGAUGCUGUUCAACAAGCGCAAGAAGGUCCGCACAGUGCUGGUAUUCGGAGCUGGCACCCAAGCAUACUGGCACAUCCGGUUGGCUCUCAUCCUGCGCAGCAAUGAGAUCCGGCGCGUCUAUAUUGUCAACCGCUCCUUCGAUCGCGCUGCGGAACUCCUUCGUGAAAUCUACUUGCCCGAGAACGCCCAGUGGCGCCGCGAUGUGAAAUUUUCGGCCAUGAGCAGUGACUUUGGCGAAUACAACCGCAUUUUGAAGGAGCAUGUUCGAAAGGCCGAUGCUAUCUUCUGCUGUACCCCGUCGUCCACGCCGCUCUUCCCAGCGGAAUUUUUGACGUCCCGAGAGGGACGCCAGAAAGGCCGAUAUAUUAGCGCAGUGGGCUCCUACAAGAACCAUAUGAGUGAAAUUCACCCCGAUAUCCUCCGAGACGAGGUCAAUGUCACGCCGCCCCACCGUCACUUCCACAAGCACACCAGACGCAGCGGGGUUAUCGUUGUGGAUAGUCUGGACGCAGCCAUGAAGGAGGCUGGCGAGAUCAUACAGGCGGGUAUUAAGCCUCACCAGGUUGUCGAACUAGGCGAACUGAUGAUGGUGCGCCACGCCGCUCGCAAGGCUAGCCAGGGAGAAUCGACCGAAUCAGCCGAUGAGGACAAGAGCCUGCGUGAGUGGGUGGAGCGCGGGAAUGUCAUCUACAAGAGUGUUGGGCUGGGCCUGAUGGACUUGGUAACGGGCGGAGAUCUUGUGUGUCUCGCUCAGGAACGAGGAAUCGGGACAACGGUGGAGGACUUUUGA